AUGGAUGUCCAUCGCUUCAAGCCCCCACUCCCCUUAUCCCCCAACAAACGAUCCAUCUCCGCUACCUUCCCACUGACCCAUGGAUCAUCAUCCUCCGCUCCCCGAUCCGAUGACCAGCCGACUCCAGACCGAGAGCCGGUUGCAGGCAACAAUACAACUGACCUCGCGAGCUCACCCGACACUGGCCAUGCAUCUCAUCAUGGCCGCGACCACUUUGUCAAUUCAUUAGACAACACCCUCUCUCGCGCCCGACCGCGAACCGUCCCAAAAUCGGGGGAGCUCCCGAGCUUCGAACCGGUCAGGCCGCAACACCACAGCCACCAUCAUCGUCAUAAGCAUAGCAAGUCACGGGAACUGCGGUUUCCACGACCAAUGACUCAUUUCGCAUCGUCGGCUAGUGCUCGUGGCUUGUUCCCUUCCUGGUCGGGUGGUCGUGAUAAAGACCGCGACAGCGACCAUGGCCUACUGAGACCGCUGACGAGAGAGACCACCCGGUCUCGUUGGGGAUCGGAAUCGACCGGUCGCCUGAGCUCGGGCAGUCGACGGGGAAGCUUACUGGAUGUGCCUGAGCAAUAUGAGCGACUGGGUCCGAUCCAGCGACGGGAUCUGUCGUCGAUGGCAGAUGUGGAGAGAGUGAAAAAGCGACGUGAGCAGGGUGAAGAGUAUAUUCGGACUGCGCUCACUGGCAUCGGUUCUCUUGCGACGGAACUAACGCGACGGUUGGACUACACGUACUAUAACCUCCUGGAGAAACUUACGGCGCUCAACUCGACGAUCGGCUCAUUCCAGGAACUCUCACUAUCGGCGUCAACCUUAUUGAAAGACUUUGAGAAGGAAACCUCCGAAUUGGACCAGGACAUUCGGAGACAGAUCAAUGAGCUUCAGGGAUUCGCGCCCCAGACUCAGAAAGCGAAUGCGCUGGCCGAGCGCAUGGACAAAGGUCGACAUCGAGCCGAAGAGCUGAACAAGCGACUCGAGGAGGUCAAGUCCCAGAUUGACCGCUGGGAGCAAAGAGAGGCUGAGUGGCAGAGCCGUGUGAGUCGGCGCUUGCGAAUUUUCUGGGGCGUUGUGGUUAGUGCAGUCCUCGUGUGCAUACUCGCUGGGGCGAUUCGCAGAUGGCCGAGCUCGCAUCCAUCACAACAGAACAAAUGCCGUCCAAUCCCAUCCUUGUCAGAGAUAGGAAAUGAGUCGGUGACAGAGACUACUCCGCCGCUGGAUAUAUGGGACUCUUCGUGGAGAGUUGACGAGGCUACUAGCGAAGCAGGCUCGUCAUGGUAUCCAAGCAGCCUUGCAGAGCGACUACAGCGCCUCGAGCAGACACAAUCGAUGUCAAGCGCUUCACCCGGUUCUCGGCCAUCGGUUGCGGCAGAGAGGUCCGAGAGAAGUCACGAUCCCUUUCGACUGCUCGAUGAGCUCUGA